CCCGACAACCAGCAAGUCCAUGAUCAUAGUACCCUGUGACAACGCACGUCCUGAUGCGAUUUCUAAUGCAGCCUACCCGACCUUACAGGAUUCGUAUCCAAGGAGUUGCCUCAUCCAACAGCGCACGGUAGUUUCGGGACUGUGUGGAAAUGCACCUACAUCGCAUCCAACCGUCAAGGCAUGAAGGUAGCAGUCAAAUCCCUAAAGAUAUCUGUCGCAAGCGACGAUUCCAGGGCUAAGCUUACUCUGACUCAAAGACUCUUGGGCGAUUUCCAUGCACGGAGGCAACUGCAUCACGAAAAUCUUUUGCCUCUGCUCGGUUUCAGUCACGGAUUUGGGUUACUUCCAGCGAUGGUUUCCCCCUGGAUACACAACAGCUCACUCACAACAUAUCUUGAACGUCAUUUCACAGAAUUGACUAUCGAACAAAAGCUCCGGAUUUUGCGGCAAGUAGCUGCAGCUAUCAGCUACCUCCACUCGAAGGGCGUUGUCCAUGGCGACCUUACUGCCAAUAACAUUCUGAUAGAUUCGGACCGCAAUGCCCACGUGGCAGACCAUGGAAUUCUCACAAUGUGUUCUGAGCUCUCAGGGACUUCAUACAUCAGAAGCAACGUGCGGUGGGCGGCACCAGAACUCAUCGAGGUGCCCGAAAACGAAGAGUCGUUGAUUCCACUGCCAGCGAGCGAUAUUUAUUCUUUCGGAUGUAUUAUGCUUCAGGUUAUGACAGGUCGACGACCCUAUGCAGAUGUGCAACGCGAUCAUGAAGUUAUUGCCCUGAUACUCAAGGGUAAGAAGCCUACAAGACCAUCGAGUCCGCACGAUGCGGAUUCUUUUUGGGAUUUAAUCGAGAAAUGCUGGGGUGAUACAGGACGUCGCCCCUCUGCCGUUGAUGUUCUUAACAGGAUCAGAUGAUGUGCACUAUUACGAUUAGUUAAGAACUGAUCGAUUUUAUUUUACCUAAUGUAUUUACAUAAUCAUUCCUACCUCAUAGGUAAACGCGUACUAGUACUCCGUCAGCAGCGAAAGCCAACGCUGAUUUUGUACAGAGGGAAUAUUGUGGGUGGAGAGAUAGAGUUUAAUAUUUUGGUUGCCCGAGGGAAGAAGGUAGGCAAACGCCUCUUCAGGCACCGCUUACCACCUUACAUCCUUAGUUA